AUGGCCAUGCUACAACUGCUACAAGCACUUCGCCCUGCAGCGAGCAUUACGUGGCUGGGACCUAUUGCCAUACUGUCCUAUCUCAUCGCCCGAAGUAUCUUGAGGAUCCUGUUCCUCUCUCCUCGUAAUAUCCCUGGACCCUUUUUGGCCCGGUUCUCGAGGCUGUGGUAUCUCCGGCAAAUCCUCAAGGGGGAUUUCGAAAAGACCAAUAUCGCAUUACAUCGUCGCCAUGGCUCGAUUAGCCCGUGGUACUUCGCCUCUGGGAGCCCAGAUGGGAAAACGUUUGAUCUCUUCACCGAUCCCUCACCUGCGCGGCACGCUGCAAAUCGGCGCAAAGUGGCAGCACUCUACUCCAAUACCAGCUUGCUCAAGAUGGAGCCGGCCGUCCACGAAUGUACCAAGAUUCUGGUGGAAAAUUUCAAAAGAAUUGCGGAAAGUGGCGAGAGCGUCAAUGUUCAGUUCUGGAUGCAGUGCUACGCGUUUGACUUGAUCGGGCUCAUCACUGUUUCGCGACGUUUCGGUCUACUCGACAACGGUGAAGAUAAUACCGGGAUGCUCAAGUCUCUCCACACCUAUCUGCGGUACUGCGCCAGUGUUGGUGUUUAUUCCGAGUUCCAUCCUUGGCUAUUCAGGGCUCUGCUCGUGUUCGGGACGAGCGGAUUCUCUCAUAUGAUCAGCUUUACCGCGCAGCAAAUUUCCCACCGGAAGAGUUUAUCCGGGGAAGACGACUUCCUGGGAAAAGUGCUGGCCAUGAAUAAAGAGAGCCCGGGGAAGUUUACCGAUACCGAUGUUUUCCUGACAUGCAUCACGAACAUCGGCGCGGGAAGCGAUACCACGAGCAUUAGCUUGACUUCCAUCCUAUAUCACCUUGUGACAGAGCGCAGGUGUUUAGAUAAGUUGCGAGCUGAGAUCCAUGAGCAUGAAUCAGCUGGAAAUCUUUCGCAUCCGAUCACGGUGAAGGAAGCGCAGAAUCUGCCCUACCUCCAGGCCAUCAUCAAGGAAGCCCUUCGGCUGCAUCCAGCGACGGGGCUACCCCUAGGGCGUGUGGUGCCAGAGGGAGGAGCCACUAUUGCGGGACAGCGUUUCCCAAAAGGCUCCGUCGUUGGUAUCAAUACAUGGGUGGCACAUCGGAACAAGGAUGUUUUUGGGGAAGAUGCCGAGGUCUUCCGCCCUGAACGCUGGCUAGAAGGCCCAGAAAGGGCCCGCAAGAUGAAUGAAUACUUUAUUCCCUUUGGGCAUGGAUCUCGUACCUGCAUUGGGAAAAACAUCAGCUUGAUGGAGAUCUCCAAGCUGAUUCCAGAACUGGUAACCCAGUUCGAGUUUACGCCGGCUCACCCAACUCGCCGGCUGACUACUGAGAAUGUGUGGUUUGUGAAACAACUGGACAUUGAGGUCAAAGUGCAUUUACGGGCGACAUAG